AUUCACCUUAUUUACAUUGCGCCGUUGAGAUGCAUGAAUUUUGAAGUUUCAAAGAGCCGUGGGGAUCGAGAAAUAGGGAUCCGUGAACGAUGGAGCUGAAAACGAGGCAAACGAGGAAUUUGCUGGAGCUACUGCGGCAGCAAGUAAACAAGUUGCAUCUGUCGCCGACCACCGCUCCCGUUAAUCCGUCGGAGAUCUCGGCUGCAAAGUCGACGCUCUACGAGCAGCUGCAUUCCCUAACUCAGAGAUUCAACAGUCUGACGGGCGACGAUCAUUGCGACUUCGAGGAGGCGAACGCGAAGCUCGCCGACGCGGCCACGAAUUUGAAAUACAUUUCUCUCCUGAAAAACAUCGACGAGCUUAUUAAGGCUAUUAAAUGCGACGAUGUUGACAACGACGCGGACGUACGCAGGACGGAAUUGCUGCUCGACAGCUUUGGGUUGGCUCUGCGAGCGUUGGAAGACUUCGAAUGCCUGCCGUUGAGGCAGAGACUGCAGGAUUGUCUGGACUAUGUGAAAGAAAUGGGCAGAGCGAAUGAGAUUGAGGACCUUCAAAAUAUAAAGGAACUGGGCACUUCGAUACUGGAGAUACUCGAACCAUUGCAGAAUUUCAGAAAGAGCCUGGCGUCCGCUCUCCUGUCGCGGAAGCUGGCUUUAUACACUUCUCAACUGUGCACGUCGUUCGAGAUGCUCGUGCAAUUGGCUCGGGAGCAGCAUCAGUUAAAUGCACCAAUUUAUGCUUGUAAGAAGUACGUCUGCGAAAGAAUAUGCACGUGCUGCGAAAUGAUUUUGAACUUGUUGAACGGCCCGAAUCCGUCGUCGGAACAGGAAACUGGCGACAGGGAGAAUCAUUUCGUCUACAGAAUGGAUCUGGCGUUGGACAUUAUAUUGGAAAUAUCGAGCAGGACGCAUCAGGAGCAGCUAUCCGAAUGCGCGGAACUGUGGCUGAGACUGGAGGAUGUCUUCUCUCAUGCUAUGGCAAUCACCCAAGUGUGCCAGCCGUAUAACUUCAAAGCCAUAACCGGUUCAUGCCAGUCCAUAGUGUUGGAAUACGAGAAGCUUAAGCAGCAAUUGCUAUCGGAAACCCCCGACACGGCGUUAAACAAUUUAUUCACGUACACCCUGACUGACGCUCUUUAUCGCUUGGAGCGCAAAGUUAACAUAGCGGUGUUGACGCUCGCGAUGGAGGUGUUCAGCAAUCCUUUCGCAGCAUUGAAGAAACUCGUUAUGACAUGCGGAAACUCGUUAAGCGCGAAAAGAAGAUCGAAGAGCGAUCUAAACGAUCUCGUCGAGGUCUUUGAUCAACUCUUUGACCAAACUGUGCAAAUUGGGGUGUUUGCGAUCGCUUGUUGCAAGGACAAGAACCGCAAUAACAAAAUUCGCAAUUGUCUCGCGGGAUUCGAGUCCUUGGAAACAGAAUUGAUUUCCGCCGUGACUUCCUUCUAUCUGCAUCCAGACAACAAAGAAAUGCGUUCCAGUGUCAAGCUGUUGACCACGCAGUGGCAGCUGGAGAUGAACAAGUUUCAGAAUGCCGUCAAUCUCGUUAUAAAUUCUGCUGCCUUUUGUCAAGUAGUUAUGGACGAUCUUCAAGAACGUAUAACAGCAAUCUCAGAUUGUCUGGAUAACAGAGAGCCGGUAACGCAGCUUCAAGUGCAGGGUAUCGUUCAGCGUGCUUCAGCUUUAUCUAGUCAAAUCACAACGGUCGUAAAUGACAUUGAUACUGAAGACAUCGAUCGUCAAACGAUAAUGAUGACGAGGGAGUUGAAAGCAGCUAUAUUUGAAGCCAACGCAGCUGCCAAGACUCUUCUGGUGGAAAAUGCAACGGAGCCUCAACAAUUGCGGGUGAUAAAACGAUGCGAAUUGAUAUUGAGUGUCGUUAAAAAGUUGCAGCCCGCCUUAUCUACAAUUAUGAACAAUACGACGCAUGAAAAAUCGUCGAGGGGCCAGGGAGAUUCCGGUCACGGUAGCGUGUCAAAUGCCAUGAACUUUCCAUCCACGGUUUACGGCUUGCCGCGCGACGAAAAUAGUUUAGUUUACAUUAGAACACCCUACACAGUGAAACCGCACAAACCGCACGUGUCCAUUCAACCGGCAAACAGUGUGGCGCAGAAACCGUUGGAUCUGUCGUAUUUGAUACCUUACAUAGAGAACGGCCGUGCGUUGCGCAGCGAGCACUCCGUUAUGUACAAUACGCCGCGCAAGAGCAAGAGAGUGGCGGGGCCAGCCGUUAAAAGUGAAAUGUCCGCCAGGAAUCUGUCCACCAUCAGACAACAUCUCUUUAGCAGAGAUAGCUUCAGCAUUCGCGCUGACUACGACAUAGCUGAAGAGAGCAUGGAUUUAACAGCUGUUCUAGAGAAGAUUGUUUCGUCGUCGGCGUCGAGAGACGCAACGUUCGCGUCGCGCCAGUUCUCAGAAGUGGAAUGCGCGUCUUUGGGAAGCGUAAAUAAGGAGUCGGUGUUCAACAUCGUGGAGAAACUUUGUCAGACCGGUAGGCCGGAGACGGACGGCUGUUUAAAUAAAUCCGAGAUAGCGGAGAAGAUGGGCGAAUGCGCCAUAUCCGGUGGCGGCGACGCGUCUUUGAUCAUGGAGUCGUGUCAAAAGCUCAACAGCGUACGGUCUCCAGGCAACAAGAUACAAAAGUCGACCUCGGAGCGACGCGAGGUAUAAAGGGAGACCACACGCUUCGUUCUCAUGUUUAACAUUAACCGUUGACGCAAUUUUUUAAUUAGUCUUUAAGGUGACGGCAAUGUAAAUGUAUAUAAAUUACAAUGUCGACUACGCAUCGUUACGUAACAAUUAUAAUAUUAAUACCAAAAAUUUUCAAUUUCACUUGUAAAUGUUCAACUUUAUCAAAAUUUUUAUUGCGAUAUAAAAAGAACCGAUUGAAGCGCA